AUGAAUGACAUAAGUGGAAGGCAAACUUUCCCUCGAAUAAAACGUCUGUUGGAGUGCGUUGGAAACCCUCAAAAUAAUUUGAGAAUUCUCCAUAUAGCGGGAACCAAUGGUAGGGAGACUAUAUCUACGUUUUUAACAUCCAUAUUACAGCAUCCGAAACCACAGCGGCAGAAGGCCUUGGUUGGUAGAUAUACUACAUCUUUUUUACUCAAUGCUAAAGAGACUAUUAGGAUCAAUAAUGAAGCCAUUUCCCUUACCGAAUACUCUGAGAUUGAGAGGCAACUCAAAGAAUUAGACAAAUCUUUUAAUUUACGAUGUAGCAAUCUUGACCUGCUAACAAGUGUGGCAUUGGUAUAUUUUGCCAAGAAAAACUGUCAGUGGUGCAUAAUGGAAACUGGAUUAUCUGGGAAAUGGGAUCCUGCAAGUAUAAUUACCGGCAAAAACAGGAUCUGUUGUGCCAUAACCAACGUUGGUAUUAGUGAUGAAUCGUUUUUAUGUAAUCUUUUAUCUCAAAGUAUCGGCGGCCACUCAGAGAAAGGCGUUUGUUCUACACCAUUCGCGGUAUUAGAUGGGUCUAACGACGAAGCUGUACGAAACAUAAUAAAGAAGAAAUGCAACGACGUAGGAUGUAGAUUGAAAAUCACAGAUCCUUCCCUUAAUGAUUGUAAUGUACGUACUGACUCGUGGGGCACACUUGGAAUUCAUCACUUACCGUAUAAUGAAGAGGAAUAUCAAAUAUUCAAUUUGAGGGUUGCAAUUGCAAUUUUGGAUUUCUUGAAUAUGGAAAAAAAGGUCUGUAUCUCGAAGGAUCAAUUAUCCAAGGGUUUAGUAUCCGUCGAUUGGCCGAGAAGCCUACAUCGAUUAGAUUAUUGCUAUGAAUUUAAUAGUGGAAAAACGAUAGCAUUACUGCUGGAUAACGCAAAUAAUGCGAAAGCAGCUCAGAAUUUGGCCACACAUUUAAGAGCAAAAUAUGAAGACACACCGUUGACGUUUGUUAUUGCUAUAACUACCGGAAAGAAGGUACCCCCCUUGCUUGAUCCGUUGAUACGUCCGCAGGAUCAUGUGAUAGUGACUAGAUUUGGAUCUGUGGUUGGUAUGCCGUGGGUCCAAUCUUUAGAACCAACACAUCUUUUUACAUUCAUCAAAGAUCGGUAUACAAGGAACGUUGACAUGCAGCCAGAUCUUCAAAGCGUUUGGACUUCCCUUGAAACAAGUGGGUUAAAAACAAUAGUUCCCGUAAUUGUGUGCGGAUCAUUGUAUCUUUGUAAAGAGUUAUUGCGUUUACACAAUUGCCAUUUGCCAGUAUGA